AUGAAUCUUCAAAGUUUCAUCGAAUCUACAUUUAAACUUAAAGGAAAGUGGUCGUCUCCUGGCGGACAUUUAAAAUCGUUCAAGAAUGCUUCAGAAAGUGUAAUCAUCAGGUAUUAUAGAAACUCAACUUCGCUGUCGUUUCAAGGCGAUGAAG